UUAAACAAGUUUAUCACCAAAAUUUAUUUCUAGGGAUGGAUUCUUACUGUAGUAUGGAAUAAGGAAAACCGAUUUUCAAUUGAAAAUGUGAGUUUGUAAUUCACGGUUUGAAAUUGUCUACACAAAAACAAUGUGACGUGUUAGAUACGCAGGUUAAGUACAAAAGUGUGAUAGUGCACCAAACUCAAUCUAUUUUGGUCAAUCAAUUGAACUGCAACAGAGUUUGGUGAACCUGAAGCUUACAAUGGAAACGGUUGCUGCCUUCAUGAUACUGGUGAUUUUCUGUGCCACUGAUGCCUAUUCUGUGAGUAAUCAAGCAGAUAGGAUUCAAGAAGCAUUGAAUUCUUCCUACCAGAACAAAACUGGAGCUGAGAUAGUAGAUUAUGAGUCUCUGAUCAAAGCUGUGGACAUUCCAGAACAGUCUUUAGAGAGAUUUGAAGCAAAUCUGAACAUGUCUGAAGCCAUAUCCAAAGUCAUUCAAUCGAAUCGGUUUGAAGAGCGAGUGGACUCUGGAAGUGUUACAUUUGAUGAUUCUGUUGAGGAUACUCACUAUCCAACAUGUGAAGUGGGCGAAAAUUACAAGAAACGGUUCCCUGGAAGCUGCCAGAAAUACUACCAGUGCAAAAAUGGGGUCCUCACAAUUAGGUCAUGUUAUUGGUUUGCAAGAUUCGAUAUUAUUGCUCAAUCUUGUAGAUUCUUCUUCUUUGUAGACUGCACCAUAUUGGAACCACCUACAACAACCUCGUCAUCUCCAACUACGAGCUUAUCUAACGCAACCUCAUCUAUGAUCUCGACUGAAACAACUGCAAUAUCAAAUCAAACAACUUCUUCCCCUGAGACAAGUGGCUCCACCUCCACUAGUAUCUCAUCAACAUCAAUAGCGACAUCUAAGUCUUCAACUUUAAGCCCAGUAUCCCCAACAACUACACCAAAAACCACUCCAACACCAUCAUCAUCUUCAUCAGCCACAUCAUCAUCAUCAUCAUCAUCACCAUCACACUCAUCAUCAUCAUCAUCAUUAUCAUAUUCUUCUUCAUCUACAGAUUUGCCAUCAUCAUCAUCAUCAUCAUCAGAGUUUACAACAGCAGAAUAUUAUUCAUCCACAUUCCCUACAACCAAUAUAUCCAUAUCUUCCACAGCAAGUCCAUCUGUAACCUCACCAUCAGAAACACUGAAAACAACUUCUAAUCCAACCACUACUGCAAUUCCAGCAAGUACACAGGAAGCUUCAACCUUGACAUCAUCCUCAUCAGAGCCACAACCAUCAUCAUCGUCAUCAACAUCACCAGAAAUAAUAUCCACAACUACACAGAAAUCUAAAUCCACGCAUCGCACUACCACAAGUCAUCUACCAUCAACAACAAUAAUUACAUCAACAUUCAUUGGGAGCUCAACAUUAGAAACAGACUUUACUUCAGAUUCAACAACCCUUGAAACCUCAACUUCCGAAACAGAUUCUACUGAUCAUUCAACAACAAUUGAGACCUCAACUUUGGAAACAGAUUCUAGCUACUGAUUACAACUACGUUUUAAACCUCAACAUUCGAAACAGAUUCCACUGCAAAUUCAACUAUGUUUGAAACUUCAACAUUUUAAACAGAUUCUAUAGCAGAAUGAACUACAUUUUCUGCAACUCCAUCUCCUUCAACGUUAAUCCCAACUACAUGAACUGACACGUCUACUUCUCAUUCACCUCCAGAAUCAAUCAUAUAAACCAGUUGAACGUAUUUCAACCCUUUUUCUGGACCUCCAUCAACAAUCACCGCAUCAUCUUCAACAUCAACUCGAACCAGUAUCUCUCCAGCCUCAUCUUCACAUUAUAAAGUUUACAUUACCACACCUUCUACAAGCACGUUUCCGACAACAAAUGUACCUGCUACCACCACUUCAUCUUCUGCAUUGCCAACAUCCAUGCCCAAAACAGCAGUUCCCAUUUACCACAACCACGUUUCUUGCAACAAUUACAUGUGUUCUCACCCCUGAAUCUCCUACAUCAUCAACUCAUACAACAGUAACCACUGUUACACCUUCGAAGAGAACGGAUACUUCCACAGCUACACCAGGAACAAUGCCAUCUCUACCUACCCCCCAACAUGUUAUCCUGGCCAAUACUUUAAAAUGAGGUAUCGAGAAAAUUGUCGUGAAUACUAUGAUUGCAAUGAUGGAGAUUUGAAGAUUCGAAAAUGUGGGUUUCUACAAAACUUUGAUGCAGCAACAUUAACUUGUAAAAUAGAAUGGCAAGUUGAUUACAAAUUAGAAAUAAUGUGAGAAUGGAAAAUCAAAUAGUCAAGUUUCAAAAUUUAGUAAUCAAAAAAUUUAUUGUACAUGAGUUUCAUUUUACAAUUCCUUUCUCUAAUACCAUAUGGUACUCAUCACUCUUAGAUGAAUAUGACCUUCACAAGGAGCACAACGAAUUUUUCAAUGAAUUUAAAGUUUAUAGACUUGAUUUAUCCCACUCAAAUGUAGAAUAUAAUUGAGCGAAUUUUCCUUCCAUAAGUUUCAAAAUCUUUUUCACUAAAUGGGAUUUGAAGAUUUUGAAGUUAUCACUUAGAUAUGCGUUUUUCAUUUAUCCAUAUAUUGUAAUUAUGCUGUACAAACUCAUGAACUAUGUGACUUGAGAACUCACAAUAUGAAAACUGUGCUGGAAUUUAAAUUUAUGAACAGGUCAUAUACAAUUUACAUAACAUAUACAUGAUUUACAGUUCACAUACUGUAUACAUGAGUGAUAUGCUACUUGAUAGCCUAAAUAAAGAAUAUGUGAAAGGAAAUCAUCUGAUAAUAUAGAAGUUAUUAUCCAUUGGACGGUUGAGCAUCUAUGGAUCGAACAAGGCUUUUUGGAUAUCAGCAUUCUAAAGAUCAAAUUAAUAUAUCAAUACAUCAAUUAUGUACUUCAUUAUGAUCUCAAAUUUGAAAUAAAACUUUUUCCUUUAACAUGUCUCGAACUUCAUUUGAUUUGAAUGGUUUGUUCAAUAUUGUAACCGGCAAUUCCUGUGUACAACUGAUGUUGCCUUGUUAGUGGCUUUCUAUCUAGCCUUCUAGCAACUACGUAAGGUUUAAUUGAGUUAUGAUAUGAUCUGAGUUGGAAGUUGCAUUUAAUCAACCGCGCAAGAGUGCUCAAACUAAUCAAAUAUCGAUCCGACAACUUUCCGUGACCCGCUUAUAUGCUCAACUUCAAUUAUACAACAAUAAGCGCGAUCUUCGAGAACCCUCGUCUAUGUAAAGUCUAAUUCCGUAAUUUUUCUCAAUUUUGAGUUUAAAAUCUGAUCAGAGUUUAAUUUUUCUAAAUCUUCGAGAAUGUAGAGUCUAAUUUUCGCUGUUUGCUUCUUAUGAUUAUUUUUGAAUCCGGUCCUGAAAUUCUUCUGUUGAAUCAUUUUUUUAAAUAUCUUAUCGGUACAGGUAAUGAGAGGACAGAGAUUUAUUGAUUUAUUUAUUAUAUGCCUUUAUUAGGGCACUAAUACACUUUAUUUAUUAGAGAGAAUGAGAAACAGUUUCUAGACUACUAGAUUAUUAUGAAAUUCAUAUUACGUCACUGCUUGACUACUUAGAAUGUUCAGGAAACCAGAAAACAAUUACAUUCCAACACAAAAUUAAAAUAAGGCAUGGAAUAAAAUCUGUAAUUGAAAUCUCACACUCGUUUCUCAUAAAUUUCAAGAUGGUUUUAUUAUUAGAUCAUGAGCAAAUGUUUGUGAUAAAGUAAUGCAGUAUCAAAUUACCUAUUUUGGCCAGAAUACGUUUCUUAUACGCUAUUGAUUAAUUCUUUAUCACAAAUGACAAUGCAUUGUCAGGUCUUGCAAGGCUACUCCCAAUAAUAAGUUUGCUACAAUUUCCCUAUAUACUUUUUACUUUCGCUGAAUGAAAUUAUUGCUAAGCUUGUAUACCCAGUGUCAAGUUCAGAUUGUAUACAUGAGAGAUAUCCCAUUCUUAAUUAUCAAUUUAACUCUUAUACUUUC